UUUACUGGGACCCGUCAACAUGGGCCGUGUUCGCACCAAGAAUGUGAAGAAGGCGGCCCGGGUCAUCAUCGAGAAGUACUACACACGCCUGGGCAAUGACUUCCACACCAACAAGCAUGUGUGCGAGGAGAUCGCCAUUAUCCCCAGCAAGAAACUCUGCAACAAGAUAGCCGGCUAUGUCAUGCAUCUCAUGAAGAGGAUUCAGAGAGGCCCUGUGAGAGGCAUCUCUAUCAAGUUGCAGGAGGAAGAGAGAGAGAGGAGAGAUAUCUAUGUUCCUGAGGUCUCAGCCCUGGACUAGGAAAUCAUUAAGGUGGAUCCUGACACCAAGGAAAUGCUGAAGCUUCUGGAUUUCGGCAGUCUCUCCAACCUGCAGGUCACUCAGCCUACA